UGUGCACACAAAUGAAAUGCCACCAGUCAGUACAAGAGCAUGGAAAGCUGAGAGAGGAGGCAACAUCUUGAGUGGGGCAGGGUCAGCAAAACUCAAAGAAGAACACGCCACGGCCCACGGUUCAAUUCUGGUCUGGCACACGUGGUAUGGCACAGGAGACUGACUGGCUAAGAAGUCAAGCUGGUCUUUGUAAGGUAGACCUCUACAGCCCCAACGGAGAGAGUAGUCAGGAUCGUAAAGUAAUCUGCUUUGUUGAUGUCUCCAGCCUUAACAUAAAGGAUAAAGACCACAAAAACAAGAGAGGCUCUGCUGACCCUUGCCUUGAUCUGCGUAAUCUUGAAGAAAAGGAAGUAAUUGUAAUAAAGGACAAAGAGCGAGAUCACCACACCAAUACCGAAGGAGCAGUCUGCCUUUUCAAGCAAGGCUCCUCUGAAGAAGUCAACGUUGUUAGCUGGCUCAGCAACGACCUUCAGAAAUACGCAGUUGGAUUCCAGCAUGCACUAACCCCCUCUGACCCUCAUAAAUCUGGUUACAAAUCUUCUGCAUACGGCAAAAUGUCCCACGGUAGUGACUCAUCUUUCAGAGGCAAUGGCUGCCAGAGAGGAGAUGAUCUUUCCUAUUAUGUUAACAAGCUCUGCUCCUUGGUUGUUCAAAUGGCACAGAAAGAAAUGAAGGAUAAAUUUGAAGGCAAUGGUAGAUGCAUUCGCCAGUCAAUUCGUGGAUCUGACAACAAGCUUCAAGGUAGUGAAUAUGGCAAGUCAUCCUCCAAGACUGAUGACCCCAGAAAAACUUCACUCUUUUAUGGAGAGAUGUGCAAUCAAUCUAAUAAUCAGAAUGGCCACAGGCAAGGAUCAGACAGACAAAUGUGUCCACGGAAACAGUCAGGACAGGAUGAUGGCUCUGUAAGCAAAGGACUGAUGGUAUAUGCAAACCAGGUUGCUUCAGAUAUGAUGUUCUCAUUCAUGAAGACCAUGAAAGUGCAAAAGGGAAAGGCCCCACCAGCCUGUGUGGUUUUAAAGAAGGUACUCCUCAAGCACACCAGAGAUGUCAUAUCUGACUUAAUUGACUCUACCAUGAAAAAUCUCCACAAUGUCACCGGAGCACUCAUGACGGACUCAGACUUUGUUAAUACAGUAAAGAAGAACCUUUUCAAUGCAGGAACCCAGAAGUCAACUGAGAUUCUUGAAGCAAUGGUGAAACGCUUAUUUAAAGCAUUGUCUGGGGAUGACAAAAAAUCUCAAUGUCUAGCAUUCACAGCAUUGAAAACAGGGGCUCAGUCAGACUCCAGAUGUCAGGGAAUGCAGUUUACAUCACUUAAAAGUGAAAUGCAUGGUGGCCACAAAGGAAAUGGACAAAUGAGAGCUCUUCCAUCUGGAAGCAAAGGUGCAGACAGGCACUGUUCAAUGGAUGUGUAUGCCAAAGAUCUUAUUAUAACAGCAUUAAUGUUAAUUCAGCAACACCUCUUAGAAAAAAACCAAAAAGACUAUGGAAUGCGUGAGUCAAAGGAAUGCACAUUUGGCUAUGUUCAAGGUAAAUCUGAUUUUGACAGAGCUGGCGGUUCCAAAUACAAUUCAGGCAGGCAGGAUGCACACCUUGAAUCGCAAAAAUGUGAUCUAUCCAGUAUUCUUUUGUCAAUCAUCCAGAAAGUUCUGAGAGAAGCUGGUUGCUGUGAUGAAAGCUCCUCUGACAUGGGUUACAAGCAGCCUGCCUUUACUGAGAGCAGAUCACACAGGGCCUUAUCCAAAUCAAACGGGGGGGCUGAAAUGCAUGACAACAUGGAACAGAUAAACAAACAGUUUAUUGACCAGUUAGUGGAAUCUGUGAUGAAGUUGUGCAUGUUGAUGGCUAAAGGCAGUGACGAUGGAAAAGGUAAUGGACACUCACUAUGCGGAUCAGGCUCUGAGGUGAUAGUGAACAAUCAGAAUUGCAACAACAAUACACAGAACAAAGAGCUGCAAGCUGUGCUCCAGUGGUUGGUUGCUUCACAGUUUAAUGUGCCAAACCUAACCUUCAUGAAUGACCAAGAUGGGGAUCUGGCUAAGCUUCCUCAGCUGGCUGAUAAAGCUGCCAAGAAGGGCUACAGCGUAGGAGACAUUGUUCAGGAGGUAAUGAAGUACUACGAGAAACAGCAGAUGUGCCCCAAUCCUCGGUGUGGACUCGUUGAUUACCUGCUUGUUAACCUGUAAGAACCAACUCUUCCCUCUCGUGUUACUUUGUGCCCAGCCUAGGCGCCCAAACCAUUCUUUCUUGGCGCAACAGAAACCACCAAUACAGCCCCAUUGCAAGCAACAAUGCACUGAAUUGAACUGGUUGAUUAAUGGGAAAGCUGGGCAAGCUCAUCAAUAAAAAAGAAUUAAAAAAAGUGA